AUGAAAACUUCCACAAUUACAGGAGAGUCAUUCGAAAGAAAAAAAUAUCAUAGAAUAAAUCAGGAAACAUUCGAAAAACCAAUUGAGUUUCCACAAGAUGCUUCAUCUUCUAUGAUAAGAGCAUUAAGAUGUAUAUUGAAGGAAUUGUGUCAUUUUAAUAAUGACGAAGCAAUUAGUUUCUGUAUUUCAACAAAUCCAGAUAUUCCAAACGAUUUUGAAGGAUUUAAGGAAUACAUGGACAAUUUACUGAGUGCAUAA